AUGGACAACAUUUUCAUCUGCUUCCUCGUACAUUUAAAAUGUUUGUUAUGUGUAGUUGCAGUAGUGAGCGCCAACAGGCUCCCUAGUGACGCACCUUCCACCAACUAUGGUGUGUCCCCUACCAACGGCGGAUACUCCUACGGAGAUCAACAAGGAUCUGCCUCCUCCUUGGACACGGCUCUGGAGACUGACCCCAGAGCUGCCCUGACCGCCAGCAUCCCCGGGGGCGGUACCCCAGGCCAGGACUACCCUAUCCUAGCUUCUGUCCCCAACACUGGCUUCUCCUGCGAUGCUCAGGAGUUUCCGGGUUACUUCGCUGACAUCGCUGAGGAGGCUGGCUGUCAGGUCUUCCACAUCUGUCAGUUCGACGGCCGCCAUGACUCCUUCCUGUGUCCCAACGGCACUGUCUUCAACCAGCAGUACUUCGUGUGUGACUGGUGGUUCAACGUAGACUGCGCCACCUCUGAGCAGUUCUUCCAUCUGAACGCUCAAAUUGGCAAGAAUCCAGAGGACAGCACAGCCGAGGCCUCUGUCCAGUCCCUGUCUACGGCCUAUGGCGCCCCAGCCGCCGCGUCUGAUACCUUACUCUCAUCGGCUUAUGGCCCCCAGGAAGCCCAGGCGUCAGCUCAAGCCCCUAGCACACUUUACAACACUCCUGCUAGGCUCUGA